AUGUUCGCGGAGCGAGCGAGUGGUUUCCAGUGGAGUGAAGACGUCAAAGUAGACGUGCUAGGGCACCACUUGACCGGUAUGGCCGAGCGAUAUUACAACCAACAGGUCGAGGGGUGGUUUGAAGAACAGCCGACGCUAGAGCAUGCGAUGCAGCGUCUACUCCAUACUUUUGCGACCAAGAUAACUCCCGCACAAAGCAUGAAGAUUUUUACAGCUCCCACGAGCUCCAAGCGAAUCUGGACGGAGCAUUACCUGUAUUUGGUGGCGGUGAGUGAAGCGUGUGGAUGUGCCGACAACCUAGUUCAAGACAACAUUGGGCAUUACGCCGACCCCAGUAUGAGGGUGUCGAUGUUGGCGAGGCUAAACCUCACGCGCAUAGACUAUUUGCGGCAGGCGAAAGAGCUUGCGCACUUCGCGCAGUCGACCGAGAUAGAACUGCGCGGUAAGAACAUCGGAAAGGACGUGGUUAAUACCGUCAAAAAUGGACGCAGAGCGUAUCCCAAACCCCGAACACACAAUCGCUAG